AUGUCGAACAGAGAUGAAGAUGACGCCAUCUCGGCUUUGACAGGCUUCUCUCUCGACAAUAUCCUCACUGGUCUUCAGCUUCCCUCUAACGGCCUUUCCAACCGACUCGGCAUCUCAGGUCUCUCUGCACUCAACUCGAGUCAAAUAUACAACGAUCGAUGGGAUGGAGAUGAUGCUGUGGGGACAGGCCAGGGCGAGGACUUUGAAGACGAGGUGGAUCGUGAGAUUGAGGAAGAGGAGGAGGAGGAGGAUACUGGGGUCAAGAUGGAGGACGAAUCUUCCGACGCACAUAAGAUCCCGGAACGACGAGUACGCGUUGUCAAGCGACUAGUGGAGCGGCCAAAGACCGUAUAUGAACGGUUCCCGACAUACGAGAAGGGCAAGGUGUUGAACUUCACGGAGCUCUUCAAGGGCUACACGGGUACCAAGUCGCGACUAGUCAAGCGACCUUUCUAUGUCGAUACUGUCUAUACCAAGAAGAAAGAAGUCCCAAGAGGAUUCCUGGACACCAUUGUUGGAGACGCGAAAAGGAAGGUUGAGCAUGAGCGUGUCGACGACGUAGUCUCGUCAGGAAAUAUCGAGCAGGAACUCCGUCUAGCCCUUGAGGGCCAGGACGGAACUUCCUCCGAUGCUUUGUCGUUACAUGACCGCUCUUUUGACCUAGUCUUGCUGUCCAACUGGGAAGAUCAGAUCAUCUUUGAACCUCAGCCUGAUUCAGCUCGAAAACUAGUCACACGACCGACCACAGACCUCUCCACGCCUACUAACAAGGUGAUUGAAUCUGGAGAUUGGACGCAAAGUAUUAUCUGGGAUCCCAAGACUCCGUUUAGAGACUUUACUCAAGUCGACAUCCCAGGAGAGGAUGCCGCAGAGGAACGCCAUGCCACUCAAGAAAUACGUCCACGGAAAAGGCCAAGAGUGGAUGGUCCCCAAAUCAAGGAUAAAUUCAAUCUAUCCAAUGAUCACUUCUACGAGGUGGCCAAAGAAGGCGGCAAACAUCGUGUCCGUCAAACCUUUGGUCAACUCGUGGUCGAGCACGCGUAUCCCGCUCAGAAGCUGCAGCUGCCAUUCUACAAGACACGUCUACAGAAGCAAGAAGCCCGAUCCUGGCAUCGUCCUGCUUUGCAAUUCCCCACGAACAUUGAAGUCCACUUCCAAAAGGUUCGCACGGCCAAAAAGAAGAAGGACAAGGCGGGUCGAAAGUUGGGUCGUGGUGGCAAUGUCGGCGAAGGUCUCCAUCGGACGUCAGAUUUGAGUUUGAAGGAUACUAGCAACUUCGUGCUCUGGGAGUAUUCGGAGGAACAUCCCCCAAUUAUGUCAAAUUUCGGCAUGGGAAGUAUUCUUGUCAAUUACUACCGCAAGAAGGGCGAGAAGGACGACACAAUACCAAAGCUCGACCUUGGAGCCCCAUUUGUUCUCGAGCCGCAAGAUGAAUCUCCAUUCAUGAAAUUUGGCUCUGUCGAACCGGGCCAAACCAUCCCCACUCUCUACAACAACCUCGUCCGAGCGCCACUGUUCCGACAUAAACCUUACCAUACGGAUUUCCUCGUCAUCAAGAACACUAUCAAAGGCGAAGCAAAAUAUUACAUCCGGGAAGUCAAGAACCUGUAUACCGUCGGCCAGACAUACCCUCUCACCGAAGUUCCCGGGCCACAUUCGCGAAAGAUCACCAAUACGAUCAAGCAUAGGCUCCAAAUCAUUGCCUACAAACUUCUGCGUAAGAGCAGCGGCGAGCGGUUGAAGAUCGCACGGCUCAUGAAGUACUUCCCCGACCAGAACGAGCUCCAGAUGAGACAGCGGCUGAAGGAAUUCAUGGAAUACCACAGACGAGGUCCACACCAAGGCUUCUGGCGCCUGAAGGCAAACUGGAACAUCCCCAACGACGCUGAUAUGCUCAAGAUGGUCGGGCCAGAACAGGUCGUCUUGUCUGAGAGUAUGCAAGUCGGUCAGCGGCAUCUCCAGGACUCGGGUUACAGUGGCACAGACACUGCUGCCGAUGACGAUGAGUCCAACCUCUCUAUCGAGCAGCAGCUUGCGCCGUGGAUCACGACGAAGAACUUCUUGUUCGCCACGCAGGCCAAGGCGAUGCUGAGGUUGCAUGGGGAGGGCGAUCCCACAGGCAGAGGAGAGGCGUUCAGCUUCAUUCGUGUGUCAAUGAAGGACAUCUUCGUCAAGGCAGGUGAAGAUUACGACCAGAAGCUUGCUGAAGCCGAAAGUCGGCCCAAGUCUGCCCACCGGUACAACGUCGCGGAACAACAACAAAUCUACAAAUCCGAGAUCGAAAGGAUUUGGAGAGCGCAGUACCGCUCCCUCAGCCGCAAAGACGAGCCGCAGCUUUCGGACGACGAUGAUGCCGAGCGCGACCGCGGACGUAACCCAUACACCGUCAAGACCCAGAAACAGCUCGACCAAGUCUCACUAAAGCUGCCCAACAAGGCGUAUUCGCCUGCGGGUUCCCCGAUGGCUGCUGUCAUGUUGCCCUCCGCGGGCCCGUCGUCUCCUGCGUUCAGUCGAGGCUCUUCCGUGGACCGUGAUCGGGACGGAAGUGUAGGGCCUGACAAUAGGAGGGUACUGCGCAUAAAACGAAAGGUUGAUGGCGAGUGGAAGACGGAGAUUGUCAGGGACCCGGCAGUCAUACGUGCUUAUGUGCGGAGGCGGCAGUUAAUUGAGGAGGAGACGACCAUGGCGGACAGUCUCGCCCCGACUGGAGACGCAGACAGGGACAAGCGGGCCAAGAAGAGGCUGGAGGAAGAGAUCGCGCGGAUGAAGAAGAACCAAGAACGCCGUUUGCACAGGAAGAAUGCCAAGAUCGCUAAAGAGGGUGGUACGCCUCUAACGCUGAACCGGAAUACCAAGCCAGACACAACGAGACGUUGCGGAAACUGCGGACAACUGGGCCACAUGAAAACGAACCGCAAAUGCCCCAAAUGGGCCGAAUUCAACUCCGGCGACAACGCCGCCUCAGCCUCCGGUGGCGCGACCUCUCCCACCAACGCGACGAGUCCCCCACCCAGCACGCCCGGCGGCGGUGGAGGUGGUGGAGGCCUCUACAGUCCCGGAGCCGACUCGCACUCCCAAACGCACCAGCACAGACCGUUUCCCGGUUCGCUUCGUGCCACGAACGCGUUCGCGCCGGGGGCGCCGUCGCCACUGGCUACGAGUCCGCCCGUGUAUGGACAUAGUAUGGAUAUGGGGAUGGGGAUGGAUGAGGACGAGGAUGAGGAAGAUGCGGAUGGGGAGGAGGGGAUGGGCGGUGGUGGGACGAAGUUGAAGCUUAUGUUGGGGAAGAGGUGAGGUGAGGUGAUGAUGUUUGUUGAGAGUUCCGGAGACGGAGACGGACUCGUGUUUCUGCUGUCUUUCUUUGCUUUACUACUUUGUUGUUCUCGCAUCACUACUUACUACUACUUUCUUCAACCAACCUGCAAUCUCUGUUACUUUGUAUGUAGUACUUAUACUGACUGACGCGCACGCUUAAUUUAU